AUGCUCCUUUCACUUGUCACCCUCAUUUCCGUUUUCCAGCUGGCGGUGGCCACAAACCUCAGCCCGCCGAUCCUCUACGCCCGUCACGCAUUGCAGGAUGGGUCCCUGGAGAAACGCGCAAGCUGCGGAGAUGGCACCCGGUGUCUCCUGGGGUCAUGCUGCGGCGACGGAUGCGCCAUGAACUGCUGCGCGUUGGAUAACGGCGGCCUGGGCUGUGGAAUCGCAGAACGGUGCCAAUUCCACGGGAAUGUGUUUGUCGGGUGUUGUGGGAAUUUCCUCGGGGGCUGCACGGGCGAAGCUACACAUGUCACGGUCCACACGCCCUACUCGACUGUUACGCUGGGCGCACAGACUGCAAAUACGAUCACUGCUACGGCUACUACCACGACGGAGCAGAUGUUUACUGCGAUUUCGGUGCCGCCGACUGCGACCGCGACCGGGGCCAUGACUACGUCGAGUGAGAGGGAGACCAAGACUAAGGCUCAGACGGAAAGUGGCUCGCAUUCUCAUCGCGUCUCGACGUCAAGCACGAGUGUAACCAAGGCCGAGACCACGUCUAGUAGUAGCCCUCGUAGUCCGACGACGACAGCGGUGUUUUCGCAGGCUUCGCCGUCGCCGAAUAAUAGCGGGGGAUCUGGCGUGGGUGUGGGUGUGGGUGUACCCGUUCUGGCUGGGAUGGUUGCCUUGGGUGCUGUUCUGUUGUGA